CCGGAUGCAAGAUUGUGUGAGUGCAUUAAACGUGUAUAACCUCUGAAACGUUUUGCAAAAGUGUACAUACAAGAAGAGUAUUAAAGUAUUAAAAUACUGUUUGUGUGAAGGAGAAAAUUCACGCAGAAUCAGAGAUUACAAAUUUCGCAUUCCAGCUUGAGCUUGGCUGUGCAAGAAUAGUAGAAGUAAAGUCUUUUGCAUUAGAUGUAUAAAUUGCGGUUCAGUGACCGCAAAGUAAAUGUGGGUGAAAAAAAACAAUGAAAAAAUGUGAAUAGAAAUGAAGUAAAAUUGAGUGAUUUUUUUUUUUGACAUUUUCACGAAUCUGGAUAUUGUGAAUUAUUAAAGGACGCAGGCGUCUCUUGUCAAAGGGAAUUUUUGGCACAUUUCUCAUCAUCAUACCAAGAAGAGAAUGGAUACACAAGGAGGGAUGUCGCGUAAUUCUGGUCCUGGUCUCUAUGAGUUUCUCAUGGAAGCUGAACUUCAACAGUAUUAUCCAGGGAUUCGGGGUGAUCUAAAAGUGCAAAAUACAGCACAACUUAAAUACGUAACGGAAGAUGAUUUAAAUGCCAUUGGAAUGAGUAAACCAGAAAUGCGUCGAUUGAAAAAAUAUUUUCAAAAGCAUUUUCCACAAAAUUAUUUAUCAAAAUUUAAAAAAAUGCUUUUACCAAAACGUGAGGAACAAAUACCAGGAUCACUUGGCAUGUUACCGGAAGAAAGACAAGAUCGUCCACCAGUUCGUGUUCCAAAUAAGCAUAUGAUUCCUGCUGAUGCAAUAAUUGUUAAUAAAGAAUUGGGUAUGGGAGAAUUUGGUGUUGUACAACAGGGUGUUUGGACAAAUGACGGUGAAAGAAUACAAGUCGCUAUUAAGUGCCUAUCAAGAGAAAGAAUGCAAAAUAAUCCAAUUGAAUUUUUAAAAGAAGCAGCAAUUAUGCAUUCAAUUGAUCAUGAACAUAUUGUCAGAUUAUAUGGUGUUGUUCUCGAUACAAAUUCAUUAAUGCUAGUUACCGAAUUAGCGCCAUUAAGAUCACUUUUAGAAUGUUUAAAGGAACCAAGUUUACGUGCAAGUUUUCCUGUUUUAUCGCUUUGCGAUUUUUCCGUACAAAUUGCCGAUGGAAUGCAAUAUUUAGAAGCUAAACGACUUAUACAUCGUGAUUUAGCGGCAAGAAAUAUUCUCGUAUUUUCAAAAAAUAAAGUUAAAAUAUCUGAUUUUGGUUUAUCGCGUGCACUUGGUGUUGGUAAAGAUUAUUAUCAAACAAAUUUUAAUGUUAAUCUCAAAUUACCAAUUGCAUGGUGUGCACCGGAAUGUAUAACAUAUUUAAAAUUUACAUCGGCAAGUGAUGUUUGGGCUUAUGGUGUAACACUUUGGGAAAUGUUUAGUUAUGGUUUUCAACCAUGGCCAGCGCUCACUGGUCAUCAAAUUCUCGAGGCUAUUGACGAGCCAAAUUUUCAAAGAUUAGAACAACCCGAUUGUUGUCCCAAGGAUUAUUUCACAUUAAUGCAACAAUGCUGGCAACAUGAGCCAAUGAAACGACCAAAAUUUUCCGAAUUGAUUAAUCUUUUGCCUGAUUUGAAACCAGAGCAAGUGCAAGCCGUACAAGAUAGUUCAGAAAUUGGACAACUUUCAUAUCGACAGGGUGAUAUUAUUUCAGUUUUGGAUAAAGGUAGCAGUAAUACUUUAUGGAAGGGUGUGUUGAAUAAUGGUAAAACUGGAUUUUUUAAUCCAGCGCAUACGAUAGCGUAUCUUGGUUCAAAUUUACCGAGUAAUAAACCUGGUGAAUUUACGCGAGGUGAUGGAAAAAAUGCCUUUUCAUCGCAAAGACGAAAAAUAAGAACCGAUAUGAUAUCAUCGCCGCAGGGCGAUUUAAAGCACACGGGUCACGUUGGAUUGGAUGGUGCUUAUUUUGGUGAUAUCAGUUUUUUGGGUGGAAAAUAUCCACAUUUACCAAGGCAAGUUGUCACACCAUAUAAGCCACAAGAGGAUGCGACGGAUAAUUCUAGUCAAAUUUUAAAUCAAGAUGGAAGAAGUAUCGAUUCGAAUAGAGAGCCUAAUAGGGAUAAUAGAAUUCAUCAUUCACAGCUUGAUAACCAAAGUAAACACGAAAGUUUAUGGUCCGAUACAAGUUCUGAUAUUUCACAUUUGGGAACAAUUGGAAAUGCCACGAAACAAACAGCAACUGUUGCUGGCAAUACAGAGACAGUUAGCGCCGAUCAUGAAUAUCAUGAAAUAAGUGAUGAGGAAAAUCAAGACAGUCCCUUGAGAUUUGAUAAACCCUUGAGCUUUGAUUUUGGACCCAGUCUCCUUGAUGAAAUGGAUCAAAUGUUCCGAUCAUUAGGUUCUUCACCACCACCACCUCUUCCUGGUCAUCCACCAACAGAACACGAAACAAGUAAUGCUCGAAAUGAGCUUCGUGAGAUGCAAGCAAAACAGAGCAGUAAAAAGAAGCAAGCCACCGUGAGUCCCAUAAAUGUGAAGCCUAUAUCAGCGGCAGAUCAGAAAACACUCUACUCGGCCAUUGCAAUGGCCCAGGAAUUGACAGCACGUUCCAUGACAGAUCUUGAGCAACCACAGGAAUCGCCACGUACACCUGCCAGUCCCUCAAGACGUAGAAAGUUUUCUUUUAAGUUGCCACAUCAACACAGUCCUAAACCAGACAGACGACACUUUUCCGAGGAAGCCGCCAGUAUACCUGACAUCCAGACUACAUUAUCGGAUGAGGCCAAGGAAGUAUACAACAGUCUUGUUGAGACGCCAAUAAUUGAAAAUACAACCGACACAAAUCCACUGCGAAUGCUACGUUCUGGAUUACCAAUUGUCAGACCAAGGAUAAGGGGCAAUAAACAUGCAACAUUGGGUCACACUGGUACACAACUUGAAGAGAUGACGAGUGAUCAUAUUUUACAAUUUGAUAAUAUGCAUCAUAGCGGUGCAAAAACAUUACCAAAACGUGUUCCACCACCAUCGCAAGCACCACCACCAAUUCCACAAACACGAAAUCUUGAGAGGCAUCAUUCAUUGGAAAUUGAAAAUAAUCAAAAUCAAAAUAACGUCGAUGGUAAUCCAAUUCCUUUACCGCCACGCGAUCGUUCAAAAACAUUACAACCAAAAUCCAGUUUACCAAGACAUCAGAGAAAGCAUCCUCUCAUUAUUCCCGGUGGUGGUGUCACGAGGACACUUGCAAAAAUGGCCGAAAUCAAUCCACCAUUAGAGGAUCAAGUCGAUGGACACUCGUCAUUUAUGAUACAAGAAGGAUGUUCAAUUAUCGAAGGAUCAUCGGAAGAUGGAUUCAUUCCAGAUAUUGCGCCGAGCAGUCCUGAGGAAUUUGAAAGAAGAAUCGACUCUGAAUUGGCUGCAUUAGACUCUUUACCAGCCGAUGAUAAUAAAUUAAAUCGUUGCAGUGUGAUUUCAGAGGAUCUACUUGAAUUUUCAGACAAUUUAAUUGAAUCACAUGAAAAAAAUCAAUCCGAUAAUGAAACAGAACAAAUUGUCAAUGAAAGGAAAAUUAGUGUCGAAUCAAAAAGCUCUGCCAAAAAAUUCUUGCCAGACAAUAUGGAAGCUUGUGAUUUUAAUCGUGAUCAAUCAAUACAUUCUGAAGAAUCAAAAUCAGAAACAAAUAUUUCUCUCGUUUCAUUAAUGAAAGGAAAUUCCUGCAAUUUAACAUCAACUGUUUCGCCAUUUAAUAUUAAUCCCACGCCAAAAGUACAAACAACAACAACAAAUAAUGAUGAGUUUCAAACUAAAACGGGACAAUAUCAACGAUCAUUAAAUCGUAAUAAUAGUGAUUUAACACGACAAUCGGAUCAUGUUUCAUGUGAAGAUCUUUUAGAUUUUGCUUAUGAUCGACCAAAUGCUCAUAGAACACGUGGUCCACAAAAUGGUGAACAAUCAGAUGAGGUACGUGUUAUGUUGAAAAUUUUACGUGAACAAACAACACCUGAAUCGUGUGUUGCUGCAUUGAAUGUAACCGAUUGGAAAAUUCACGAUGCAAUUAAAUUGGAACGUCUUCAGGGUUUAUUAAAGAAGGAAAAUAAUUUUGUUGGUCUUGAAGAUUGUAAGGUAAUGCUUAGUCAGUGUGAAGGUGAUAUUGUUAAAGCUGCAUCGCUUCUUCGUAAUACUGAAGAUACUGCAGCUGUAUAAAAAUUAUAUUUGCAAGGAAACAAAUUUUCAAAAGUGAUUUUUUAAAUUCACUUGAAGUCUCGAAUAUAAUAUAAUUCGUAUUAAUUUAACUUUGGAAAAAAAGUAUAGAGCGAAGUUUAAUUGUAAAUUGAGUGAAGAAUAUUUUUACGUUUAUCAGAGUUUUUGGUCACAAUGCUCGAAAAUAAAAUCUUAGAUAUAAAAUGGAGAAAAAGUUUUUAACAAUUUUGUUUUUUUUUUUUUAGUAAUUUAGAAUUAAUACCGAAUUUUAAAAUUAUCAAUUAUCAAAUUUUAUUAAAAAAAUUAGUCAUUUUUUCCCCGUUUUUUUAAAUAGAAUUUUACAAAAUUACAAAUUUUAUUGUGGAAUUUAUAGAAAUUUAUGAUUUUUAAUCUCUUUUAUUUUAAUUAUAUUUUUGCCUCUUCAUUUAAAUUCGAUUUGAAACUAAUAUUCUUUAAUGGGCAUUCUCUUUUAAACGUGAGAAUAUUGAUAGUUUCAAUCGAUAGUUAUUUGUUAGAAAAGUCAAGACUGCAUUUAUUUCCCAGUUUACGUUUAUACAAUUUAAGCUUUCGAUUAUUUAAUGAAGCAUUAGUCAAGUUUUCAAGAAUAGCUUGUAAUAUUUUGUAGGAAAGAAAAGUUUAUUUAUUAACUAUUAUCGUCUAAGUAUAGUGCAGAGAGUAUUUUUUUUAUUUUGCCUGAAAAAGUUUUCCAAAAAAUGAAUAGGUAUUUUAAAUAAAAUUUUGCAUUAAUAAUAUUAUAAUGUCAUAUACUCUCUUCAAAAUAUAUUUCAGAACUAAUAAUAAUAACUUAUGUAAAUAAAAUUGGCUUACGCACAAAAUUUCUCAACUGUUCAAUAUUGUUAAAAAAAAAAAAAAAAAAAAAAGUUAUAUGAAAUUUUUGAAAGUAAGGCUUUUGCCUUUUUUUAUAUUUGUUGAGAGAUUCAAAGUGUAAGGCCAGCCAUCUUUAUGUUUUGUAAACGUCUGUCUAGUUUUAAUGAAAAAAAAAUGUGAUUUAACUUCAAUUUCACAAUCAAUAUUUGUUGAAUCGGUGAUAUGAGUAGAAAAAAGAGGUAAAUAAUUCGUCGUGUAAAAAAAAUCUCAAAGCACUCUUAUACAGUUUCGCAUAUUUUUUUUUUGCUGAAACGUAAAUCGAAGACGCACAAAAAAUGCUCAUAUUUUUUGUAUCGAGACCAGCGUUUCUGGUAAAUGCCUUAAAAAAAUCAAGAAACAUUUUAUUAAUUAAUUUUGAUGAAAAAAAAAAAAAAUUGUGUUUUCAGAUAAAAAAAAAAAUUCAUUACCGAAAAGAAGAAAAAUAUUCAAUUUUUUUAGUUUCUUUAAAUUUUAUUUAAAAUUUCAAGAGAAAUUUAAUUUUAAACAAAAUUUAAAUAUAUUAAAAAUUACUUCAAUUAAAAAAUUUUUGGAUAAAUUAAAUUUUUUAUCAACAAUAAAAAUGUAAAAGAAUAAAAAACUGUUCCUUAAACAAGUGCAAUUGUUAAUAAAACAUUUUUUAAUUUCAUGAUAAAAAAAAAUCAAUUCUCGUUAUCUCAGGAUCAGAGAAAUCAUGUAAUUUAUAAUGAACUUUUUUAAGAAGCACAGUUGUCCCUGUAUAUGAUAAUAAUUAGCUUUACCAAUUAUCAAACAAGCUCCCCGUUUUUUCUAUAAUGAAGAAUUCAGUUUGCUCAAAAUAGCAUUUUAGAAAAAAAUCAAAAUCUAAAAUUAGAAAAAAAAAUCAAGAACGAAUGUGUAUUUACAAAAACAAACAGUAAUAUUAUUUUCACAGUUAACGAGUUUCUGAAAAUAAAAAGUUAUUUUUUAAAUGAUAAUAAAAUCAUAUCUAGUCCCUUGAUAUUAUACAAGAAACUUGUCAAUUUUUUUUUUUUUUGAUAAAAUUGUUCAAAAUGGAAAAUAUUUCCAAUACUGUGAGAAUGGAAAUUAUUGUCAAAAAAAAAAAAAAAAAUUAUAAUAAUUGUGAUCAUAUGUCUCGAAAAACAAAUUUUUCAUUAAUUUUUUUUUCUCAGUCUGCGUUUCUAGAAAAGCAUGUGUGUGCGUGAGUGCGUGCAAAAAAAGCGAAGGGCAUUUGUUUUGCGUACUAAUUAUAGUAUAACUAAUAAAUAUUAUAGAGUGUGUAACUUUGUAAUUUAUUGGUCAUCAUUGAAUAAUAAGUGAGAAAAUGAAAUUUUCGUCUGUAUUGAGAAAAAAAGAAAAAAAAACGCCACAUUUUAUACAUUAUUUAUCUCGCUUAGUAUAUUUAAAAAAAAAAUCCCUUUUGAUACGCGAAAGGAGAAGGAAAAGUUUUAUAUCUACUGUAUUUACAAUGAAAUAUACUUACACGUAAACCUAAAUAAAAUUUCUCGUUAUUUUUUAUUCACCAUUUUAAUUUUGUUAAUUAAAAUAAUUUUGAAAUGAAUUUAAAAUUCAUUUUAAUUUUAAAAUUUCCAUUAAAUCUAAUUUUCCAAAAAUUAUUUUUCAGUUAUAGAAUAAUAGUAAAUUAUUUUUAAUCUAGCAUCAAUAUUUCAGCAUUUAUUUUGAAAUAUUAUUUGUUCCACCUCUUUUCGAAAGGUUUAAUUUAUGAAAACAAAAAUAAUCACUUUGAUGUUUCCUUAGAUUGAGAAAAGAUCGAUGAAGCUAUUGGAAAUUUAUAUAUUUUGUUAUAUAAAGUUUUUGUGACGAAAAAUUUUUUUGAAAUAAUUUGAGGUGUGAAAAAAAAUUCGAAUUUUUUCUUGAACUGAAAAAAAAACGAAAGAGGAAAAAUGACAUAUUAUUAUCCACAGUCUGAUAAUUUCAGGCUAAAUUCAAAUUUUUUAAUGGGCAACAAUUUCCAGCUACAUCUUGAAUUGGAAAAAUUGAGAUCAGAAAAUAAUAAUUUAAAAAAUACAAUUAAUCAACAAGUGAGUCAAAUUCAACAACAGGCUUCAAUUGAAAAUAAAAUUGUGAGCCUUAAAAAAGAUUUAAUUACAAUGAAUUGUGAUUAUAAAAAUAAUUUUGAUAAAAAAAUUAACGAAAUUAAAAAUGAACAGCAUCUUGGAAUUAAAUUAAUCACUGAAAUUUGGAAAUUAAAUAAAUAUUUGGCAAUUGUGAAUUUACAAAAACCUUUAAAUAAUGAAAAAUGUACACAAACUGAUUUUGAAAGUGAUAAUGAGGAUGAUGAUGUUGAUUCAUUAAAUGAGACUACGAAAAUAAUUUUUCCCAAUGAUUAUUAUCAACAAAAGGAAAUUGUUCCAGAAACUGAUGAAAUUUCUGAUGAAAUUUCUGAUGAAUGUGAUGAUGAUGAACAUGAAAUUGAAAUGGAAACACAAACUGAAGAGAUAUCCAAUGAUAAUCAUCAAAUAAAUCCUCAAUUUGAAGAUCAAACAAAAAUGGAGACACAACUUGUUGAAAUUUUCAAUAAUAAUUGUCUUCAAUUGCAAACGAAAAAUAAUACAAAUGAAUUUCUUCAGACGAAAAUGGAAACGCAACCUGAAGAAAAUUUAAGGAAUCAUCUAACGUCAUUGAAUAUUCCUAGGCUUCAAAAAAAUUCGAAUGAUUACACUCAAACACAAGUUACAAUAUGUGAAAAUGUUUUAAAUUUGUCAACUUUGCGGAAAAAUGAAAAAGAAAUCUCCGUUUAUAAUAAAAAUGAAGAAUUAAAAAAUGAAAAGCGAGAGAGAAUAAUGAUAAAAAUGUUUUCAUGUGAAAGUUGUGAGAGAAAAUAUGUUUCGAAACAAAAAUUAAAGAUACAUAAAAAAAUGAUUCAUCAAAUGAAACAAUGUAAUCAUUGUAAAAAAACAUUUAAAUUAAGCUACAUUAAUCGUCAUCAAAAGUUUUUUUGCAAAGAAGCAUUAAAUUUUUUUUCCUAUGAAAGAAGUAUUACAAGAUAAAAACGGGAAUAUAAAUAAAAUCAACAAAAAAGUUAAAUAAUUAUAUAUAUAUAUAUAUAAAUUGAAAAAAAAUGAUUCGUCAAAAAUUAAUAAUCUAAAUUGUAUAUAAUAUUGUUUACAAUUAUAAAUGGUACCAAAUAUAUUGUAAAUUGUAAAAUAUACAAUUUAGAAUUUGCAAAAUUUUUAAAUCAAAUUUUCUCAAUUUAAAAUAUAAAUUAAAAACAAUUUUAAUAAACAUCGAAAUAUAGUGAUAAUAAUUUUAAUAUUAAAAACAAUUAUUUAGUUGAAUGCAUUUGAUUAAUUAAAAGCCGAUAAUUAAUUGAAUGGAACAAAUGUGAAAUGAAAUUAGAAUUUUGAAAAAAAAAAUCCAAAUUUUUCAUUUUAUUAAAACAAUAUUUCUAUGGCCAUAUAUAAACAAAAUUGCAUUAAUAUUGUUUUAAUGGUGAAAAUGAAAAAUUUGAUUUUUUUUGAAAAUUUUAAUCAUUUGUAAAAUUUCAAAAUAAAAAUCAAAGAUAUUCAACUAAAAAAGAGUUUGUAAGAACAAUAUUAAAAAACCGAAAAGUAAAUUAAUUUAAUUAGUUUUAAUUAAUUUUUUUAUAUGUAGAUACGAUAUUUAAGUAAAAUGUUUUCUCAGUCCUGCAUCGUAAUAAUAAAUUGUGAUUUUAAUAAUUAUAACAUGUGAAAUAAAUGUUAUUUAAAAGUUAAUAAA